AUGGCCAGUCAAGCCCCGACGCAGCGCAAACGUCCCGUCAGUCCUGCCACCUCGGACGUCAGGAAGCUAGGUUCGGGCACGUGCCCGCGAAAACGCAGUUAUCGUCCGCUAAUUCAACCGAAGCUCCUUGAUCCUGCGGCCACAUCCUCGCCCAGCCGAGGCCUCCGUGACAGGGUUCCGCAGGAGCUCAUAGCACUUCUUGCUAAAGGUUCCACUGCAGAUAUUCCCAAAGGAGUCUUGGUUGCCGACGACGACGCCUCCGAAGAUACCAGCAUCGCACCCGAACAUCGUCUAUCCCUCCUGAUCGUCCAGGCACUCACGCUCGCUCGUAACUACGACAACACGUUUAACACUGAACACCUCGCCGCUCAGGACAUGGUGAUGGUCGAUGCAUUCUUGCGCCAUUCCUUCUACAACACACUCCGCAGCGGACUUGUCGACGAAGCCCAUGUACCUACCGAGGCAGACUACUCAGAAGCUCACACCUUCAACUCAGAUCUGCCCCAGGCCUCCGAUAACUUCGAGAAUGAAGCCAAGCUUUUGAAACUUCACGAAAGGCUUAUCACUCUCAUCUACAAUGUGCAGGAACACCGCAACAUUCUCGGCGACCUCAUCAUGCCCAAUGCAUUCAACCCACACAAAGACAGCAAACAGGUUGUUGACAUACUCAACCACUACUCCGUCACAAUCGCUCGCAUCGAACUCGUCUGUGUCACAGCCUCUACUGCUACCUCAUUCGGCUACACCAAUCUCAAACACAUUGGCACCGCAUCAGCCCGCCUACGUCGAGUCAACCCGGGCCCUGCGUCCCCGGCAGAGUCUCUCGAGAUACCCACUGUCGCGGAACUUUAUGCAGUUUACUCUGACGCAGGAGCAAGACUCAACAUGCACCCUCCAGUAGACCGACAAAAAGGAUAA